AUGGGUUUGGCAGAAUCACUGUACCAAAAGCUACUUAUAAAUGUCCCAAAGAAGGGCGUCAAAGUAGGCUGUAACCGACAUAUUAAGCAUGUUUCUCCAAUUGUUACGAACUUCGAAAAAUGGUCUGAUAAGCGGAAAAAGUUAUACUUUAAAGAUGAGAAGGAAAUGAUGGAAAAGAAUAAUUUGGGGAAUUUUGAUCUGGAAAAUAAUGUGUACGGCAGGCUCUUAGCGUCCCCAAUGAGGGCAGAAAAGAUCUCAAAACUUAAAUCUUGUAGAGAGUUACUAAUUCCAUUAAAAGUAAUACCAAUGGUUGGAAAUGAUCAGCAUGCUGAAAACAGCAUGCUAAAACUGGCACCCAUACUAGAUUAUUCCAAACCGUACAAAAGUUCAUACAUAUUGAAUUCAGCUUCUAUUGUGCGGGACAAUUUAGCAGCUGCAACAUCUUGGUUCCCACUUUCAAUAUUACAAGGUUCCGCCUCGAGAAAACUUGUUGUGAAUACGGCAACAUUCCUAUCAGAAUACGACGUUCAACUGCGGGAACUUAUAAUAUCAAGACUUUCAGAAAUAAAAAGCGUUGGGCCUUCUUCAAAAGACAGUGUUCUACUUAUAUAUAACGAAACAAGCACAAUACCAAUUGAAGUACAACGUGUUAAAGGUGCCGAUGGAUUGGAAUUUACGCAGUCGAUUUUCAACCUGGGAUGUCUUCAAACGUUUGCAUCAGAACCAAUGAUAAAUAAAGACGUAAUUAAGGAGGGUAUUUACCUGGACGCCAACAAUGACAAGGACCUCAUCAAACACCUUUACAGGUUUGUAUUGUUCUCGCUCGGGUAG